AUGGACAUUGAUGAUAUUCUCCGCCAAGUCGACCCCAGGUCUCGCGGCGUCCCUACCGAGACACGCGAUCUGCAAGCUUUGACGCGUCUCUGGGUUGCUGAGCGCUCAGCCCCUGAGCUUCUCGAAUGGCCAACAGAUGGCUUGUUUGAGCGUGUCAAUGCACGUAUCAAAUCUCAGAUCGAAAAGGUUGAGGACAUGACAGGUGACAUGGACCCAAAGACAAACUUUGCCCUUAUCGUUAUUCAGACAGAGCUUGAGCGAUACAAGUUUCUUGUUCGAAGUUUCCUACGAGCUCGCAUAGCAAAAGUUGACAAACACACUUUGUACUACCUCUCAAGCCAAGAGCUCAGAGACAGGCUCUCUCCGACAGAAGUGGCCUACGCAACGAGACACCAAGCUCUCCUGCAUAACCACUAUCUCUCAUCCUUCCUGGCGUCCUUCCCGCAGCAACUGCAGAAUCUCAAUGAUACGGCAGGCAACAUCAGCAUGAUCGAUUCGCCAGAUCUGGACACGGCGGUCUUUAUUCGCAUGCUCAGAGACAAAGACGUCCACGGCCAAGGAACUAAUGCCGAUAUAACCCUACCCGCUGAGAAUGGCGAUGUCCUUAUCUUGAGGUGGUCUAGUGCAAGGCAAAUGGUUGAUGUCGGAGAUGCUGAGCUUGUUUGA